AUGCCACCAGAACGAUCGGAGAGCGUCGUGAAGCAGUGUCUUGAGCUCAAACGCCUCGGGGUCCGGAAGAAAGCCGUUCUUGAGGGAGUUCCACGCAAGGAGUGGAUUUACGCCUUCCUUGACUGCGCGUAUUCGGUGCUAGUGGUGCUCAACUUUUACGAGACCACGGACGCCGCUGAGAUGCAAGUCAUGCGGAGUCUGUUGGGAGCGGAAGCGACUGCUAGCGAUGAAAAUCAACUCAUGGACCAAGUGGACAGAACUGCAGUGAAUUUCGCUAUUGGGUUUUCCACAGUGCUGGGCGUCUCGCUGCUUGCUCGGUGGCAACAGAGCAGUGACGACAGUCCGAACUACUUUGCGGUGGGCGUCGUAGCCGCAAAGUUAAUGCUGCUACCCGUGUCCAUCUACGUGUUCGCCGUUGUCUUUGUCCAGGCCAACCUGUACACAUUCAAAAGAGGCGUGAACGCGCUGGUGGCGGAUCUUAUCUGUGCAAUCGCAGCAGCACGAGCUGUCGACAGUUUGGGUCGAGCACUGCAGGGCCUUGGUCGGUCCGCAGUUGGGCUGCCCGGAGCCGACGCCAUCAAGGGGUCCCGAAAUGAGAAGGCGAGUAUCGCGCUGCAGGUGUUUUGGGACCGCUUCAACGACUUCCUCGCGCCACUGGGCAUCGUCCACCUGGUCGUUUCUACGACGGAGGCGAGCAAGAAUUUUAUCGUCGUCUACUUCCUCCUGGUCGUCUGCGUUCUGCACGCCAUGAUCGCCUACGUGGACGCAGUGGACAUCACUGGCGCCACGUACCUCGCUGAGCGUCUCAGAUACCUCGUGGCUGUUAGUUUCCUCGUACGAAACUCGGCCAAGUACGUUGAGCGCAAAGCUCGAUCUGGAAAGCGCGUCGGCAAGCGCAACGCGCCCGUCGAGAAAUGGAAAAGGAAGACUCAAAUGUGA